AUGGAAAAUUUAACCACACAAGUGGCGAUUAUUGGUUCAGGCCCAGCAGGGCUAUUGCUUGGGCAACUGUUGUUUAAAGCGGGUAUCUCCCACGUGAUCAUUGAGCAACGCAGUGCUGAAUAUGUAGCUGCACGUAUUCGAGCAGGAAUACUUGAACAAGUAUCGGUUGAUUUAUUGAAGCAAGCGGGUGUGGAUGAAAAUCUAAACAAGUUUGGCUUAGCGCAUGAUGGUAUUGAAAUUUUAACCAAUGGCUUAAAGCAUCGUGUGGAUUUAUCUGAGUUAACUCAGGGUAAGCAAGUUACGGUUUACGGACAAACGGAAGUCACAAAAGAUUUAAUGCAUGCACGUGAAGCGGCAGGCUGUGAUGGUUAUCAUGGAGUGUACUUGCAGAUGUUCCACCUGUUUCAGAUGAAUUGA